CAGAAGACUUUAAUUUUAUACUUUAUAAUAAUUGUUCCAUAUAAACAUUAUUGCUAACUUUUAUAAUUGAAUUUACAAAUUAAAAAUUUUUCAAAGAAAAAAAUUUUUGAUUCUUAACAUGUGCAAAUUAAUAAUAUUUGCAAAAUAAAAAGUCAUUUAUUUGACGAGGGGGAAAAAUUGAAAAAAUGUAUAAAGGCGAAUUUUCAUUAAAUCUUCUCAUAAUUGCUGGAGCUCAUAGACCAAUAAAUUGUUCAUCAUUCUUUAAAAAGACACUCUAUAAUAUUUUUACCGUUAUUGUGUUUAUACUUUUGCAUUCUUAUAACAUUUCAUUGGGCAUAUAUCUUAGUCUUCAUUCAUUAAAUGAUAUUGAUGAAUUCGCAGAAUCAUUAUGUUGGUUUCUUGCAGCGUUUGUUGUUUGUGUGAAAAUGAUAAACUUUCUUUUGCGACGAGAAGAUAUCAUAAAAUUGAUAAAUAUUUUAAGUGAAAAUUGCUUUCAAAUUCGUGAUAAUGAAGAGAAAUUGAUGCAAGACAAAUGUGAUUUUAUAGCUAGAAGGAACACAAAGUAUUUUUUCAUAACAACCUAUGCAACAGCGUUAGUAAUGACAUUGGGAGGAUUGGCAAAAGAAAAAGAUAAUAUCAGUUUACCAUUGAAAGCAUCAUUUCCAUACGAUUAUAAUAAAAAAUUAGCAUUUUGUUUGACAUACAUUGGUCAAUCUCUGUCCGUUUAUUUUGGUGCUUUUAUUACCAUUGCAUCGGAAACUUUUGUAAUGACAAUGUUGAUUCAAAUUUGUUCUCAGCUAGAUAUAAUAUAUCAUCGUCUACAAAAUUUGUCAUAUUUAUAUAAAAAUAAUAUAAAAUCUAUCAUGUUUAAUGAAAGAGAAGAGGCCAAAAUUAUUAAAAACUGUAUUGUUCAUCAUAAUUACGUUUACAUGUGCGAUAUAAAUGCAUAUUCCUAUAGUACAAGAUAUUUUUACAAUGCUUAG